GGAUGUUUAAAGUUUUCUUGUUCUUGUUUAAUGCUAAACCAAAAAAAUAACCGAAUGAGGAUGAUGAUGAAGAAUGUGUUUAGCCGAAUUGAUCUUUCGAGUUUCGUUACAGUCUUCAUCUUAACGUCCUUGUUUCUAUCUUCUUUCCUAAUUUGGAAAUACGAAGGACCUAUAAAACGCAAGGCUGGUGAUCAAAGGGAACCGAUAGGAGUUGUAUACGAUGAUGAAACUUGGAAUACUUGCGUGGCAAGGAUUCAUCCGAAUUGGCUUUUAGGUUUUCGAGUUUUCGGUUUUGUUGUUCUUCUGGGACUCAUCUCUGGUAAUGCCAUUGCUGAAGGAUCCAGCAUUUUCAUCUUCUACACACAAUUGACUUUCAUAUUGGUCACAAUCUACUUUGGGCUUGGAGCCUUGUUGUCCAUAUACAGAUAUAAGUCUGGUGAGAACUGUCUGAACGGAGUCAGUACUGUUGAUGAAGAGCUAGGGUCAUAUAGACCUCCCAGGAAUGGCGAAAAUUCGAAUGUGUUUAAAUCUUCAAACGGACACGAGAGACAUAACACGUCUACACGUCAAGUUGCAUCUACAAUGGGUUACAUCCAUCAGGCUCUUUUUCAAACUUGUGCUGGAGCUGUAUUGCUCACAGAUGGUGUGUUUUGGUUCAUUAUCUACCCUUUUCUCACAUCCAAAGAUUUUAGUCUCAAUUUUUUCAUUGUGGUUAUGCACUCGGUCAACGCUGUCUUCCUCCUCGGUGAAACUUUCUUGAACUCUCUGCGAUUCCCAUUGUUCAGGAUUUCAUAUUUUGUUGUAUGGACCGGGGUAUUCGUGCUAUUCCAAUGGAUUGUUCAUGCUUGUGUCUCCUUCUGGUGGCCAUACCCAUUCUUGGAUUUGUCAUCACCCUAUGCCCCUUUAUGGUAUGCUGCUGUUGGGUUGAUGCACUUACCAUGCUUUGGAUUAUUUGCUUUGAUCGUGAAGUUGAAGUACUUGUGGCUCUCAAAUGUUUCUCAGAUGAACCAUAUAGUAUUAGAUAGCAUAUAGAUACUUAAAAGCUUAUAUAUAGUAUAUAGUACAUAGUACAAAGUACAAAGUUCGUUCUUAAUGACAAGUACAGGUUCACUCUCCUGCCUUCUUUAUCAACUUUUUUUUUUGUAAAUAAUGACAUUAAAAUCACCAUGAGGGCUUGAUUAGUUUUGCAAACCACUGUUGAACAAAGUAAAGACGAUGUCCAUAUCAGCCUUCUUCAUGCACAAUCCAAUCUCCACGCCACCUGAAUCAUCACUUUUCUCCGCCAUUGAGAUUCCGUCUCCUCUAAUGGAGACAACGUCAACCUUAACCGGUCUUCCCCACCCGAAAUCCGACUCGUAUACUCCGAACCGGUUUGACAUGGCCACCGACCCAAUCUGCGAGCUCUCACCAAUGGAAUCGAACCCAAUCUUGAACUCUUCCGCCACCGUCUCUAUCUUUCUCGAACCCAGGCCUUUCACCAAACCGCCGCGACGAAUCCUCUCUCCCCGGAAAAAUCAUCCGCCUCAUUAGCCAUGGUAGAUCGAAGAAAGUCAAUGGGAUUGUGAGCGAGUGAGCCGAGUUUAGGACCGAGUCCGAGUCAGGAGCGGGGGUGACUCGGGCAACCUCGACGACGUGUAGUGUCAUUGCCUCAUUGGUGAAGA